AUGCCUGUUGGAAUGGCGUACUUCAACAGUUGACCGUGCACAUGCCGCUUAUUUCAGAUGAGGUGAAAUGUGUUGGGCAAUGUGUCAAUCAUUAUGACGUGUUUUCACAAAAUGUCUUUCUUUUUUGAAAGUUUGGAUUUGUGCGCGUUUGUUGCGAUUAAAACACAGGCCUAUCCAUUAAUGAUUUAAUUGUUUACAUGUUUACAUUUUAAAAAAAAAAUAAUAAUUACAUUUCAUUGUUUAAAUAGACUUUAUUAAACCUAUUGACGCUUUCAUUGUUUAAAUAGACUAACUUAAAUGAUUCUUUUAAAUCUGUGGUGAAUUGCGAGAAAGAUCGCAGUAAACAUUUUCAAUCAAUAUGCAGACCGACCAAAUAUUAUCCUGCACCAAGAAACGGCUAUUCGUAUGGCUCUCCGUUGCUCUUGGGCUCACGAUUAUGUUACUCUCUUAUGGGAACCUAAAUUACAACAUGAGUUUACCGCAUUUUAUGACGAAUCAAUUCGCGAAGGAUACGGGGGUGAAAACCAACGGCAAAACCAGUGAGCCGAUGAGUCGUGAGAAUGCAACCUACGAUGGAGUGACGGCGCGGUACUUAGAAGAGCUGAGCAGAUUCUACGCCGUCCAAGAGGCCGACUGCUCACGUUUGUUUUCCGGAGACAAAAACUACACAGAGGAAGUGGUGCAAAUGGUCCCGACCCUUAACGAGUCGCUCAGUGAUGAGUAUUACAUGAACUUGACCGAAGACUGCGAAGCGUUUCGCCGGACGAGAGGGUACGUGAUGUCGUCCUUGACGGACGAAGAGCGAGAGUUUCCCAUCGCGUUCUCCAUAGUUGCCUUCAAAAAUUCAGAAAUGGUGGAGAGACUGCUGCGGGCCAUCUACAGGCCGCAAAAUUAUUAUUGCAUCCACGUGGAUGUGAAGGCAUCUAACGGAUUUUUGCGCGCGAUUUCAGCAGUGGCUCAGUGUUUCCCCAAUGUUUUUCUUCCUUUAAACCGAUUAAAAGUUACGUGGGGUACCUUCAGUGUGCUAGAAUCAGAGCUGAGCUGCAUGCGGGAACUCGGACGCUACAAGAAGUGGAAGUAUUUCAUCAACCUUACGGGCCAGGAGUUUCCCCUUAAGACGAACUUUGAACUUGUCAAGAUACUGAAGUCAUACAACGGCGCCAACAACAUUGAAGGUGUUCUAAAACGGUAUUGUGUACAAUACAUGUAUCUCUUAUACCGUAUAAUUUUAAUGACUUUUUUAAAAAGUGAUUGGCUUAAGGAACUUAAACUGUAUUUGUAACAUAAAGAUAUCUAAUGUACAUUUUUACGCCACUGAUAUCAUGUUUAGUGAAUGUACGCCACUGGUAUCAUUUUUAGUGAGCGUUCACCACUGACAAUCAUUUUUAUCCAAUGUAAGCCCCUGAAAUCAUUUUUAGUCUUGCCAUACGAAAGUGUGUGCAUUCCUCAAAGCCUCUUUCUAGUUACUACGUGGAGCCUACAUGGAAGAGCUAAUCACCUCCCCGGCUUAGGUACAAGGCCUGCAGUUCCGCUCAGUUCAAGCCUCCACAUAACUAUGCAGGCUUAGGUACAAGGCCUGCAGUUCCGCUCAGUUCAAGCCUCCACAUAACUAUGCAUUGGACUAAGUUCCGGUUUAGUUAAAAUUCUCAACAUUUGAAAUUAAUACGGUACUAUAAUUUAUUAACAAUUUCACGUAUUUAUUUUAAUUUAUUAUUUUAAAUUAUGAAAUUACAAUCUCCCUUCCCCCACAAACAAGGGUUUCUUUCCUCUUCUCUCUCUCUCUCUCUCUCUAUAAGUUGUUUUUUUUUAAUUCAUUGUUUUUUAAAAUAUUACCAGCAUCGCCCAGAUUUUGCAAUAUUCACUCUAAUUAAUUGUACUACAUUAAAUUUGAAUAUUAAAUCCCAUAUAUUGAAAUUAAAAAGUACAAUUCAUUAGCGAGAAAAUAUGUUGAGAACCCUAUAUCAGAAAAUGAGCACAUCGACAGAAAUGUCUUUUUUAACACAUAUCAGGAAAAGUACAUGUGUUUGCGGACAUCGACAGAAAUGUCUUUCUUAGACCAUAUCAGGAAAAGUACACGUGUUUGCGGAUAUCUUUUCCUAGAACGCCGUUGUUACUUUUAAGUGUCAGAGAGACCAGUAGAGCAAACGCCUGUCAACUAAACCUUGUGCAAAUAUGGGAACUUGGGUGUUCAUGACACAUAGAUGGUGUUAUCAUGUUGAAUAGGGACAAAGGGCGGGCUCGUAGUUGCCUUCAUGCUGUCCCUUUAUGAGAUGGUUUCAUGGGGGUCACACUAUGGAGGUCUCACCAUGUAAUCCCUUCAUGGGGUCCCAUCAUGUAAUCCCUUCAUGGGGUCCCAUCAUGUAAUCCCUUCAUGGCGUCCCAUCAUGUAAUCCCUUCAUGGGGUCCCAUCAUGUAAUCCCUUCAUGGGGUCCCAUCAUGUAAUCCCUUCAUGGGGUCCCAUCAUGUAAUCCCUUCAUGGGGCCCCAUCAUGUAAUCCCUUCAUGGGGUCCCAUCAUGUAAUCCCUUCAUGGGGUCCCAUCAUGUAAUCCCUUCAUGGGGUCCCAUCAUGUAAUCCCUUCAUGGCGUCCCAUCAUGUAAUCCGUUCAUGGGGUCCCAUCAUGUAAGCCCUUCAUGGGGUCCCAUCAUGUGAUCUCUUCUUUGCGGUCCUUACAUGACAUCUUUUCGUGUGAUUCCUUUAUGUGAUCUCUUCAUUGGGAUUCUUUCAUGUUAUCCCCUCAUGUGAUCCCUUCAUGGGGGUCCCAUUAUGUUUUACUUAAAGGGUUCUCCUUGCUACCGUAGACCUCCCCCAAAAAUACGAACAGUAACGUGAUCUCCUAGUUUCACGGAGUUAUCUUAGAUAAAGUUGUCUGCCCUUGGGUACGUAAACAUUGGCUGUGUGAGAAAAUUAACCUGUUACAAUUGGAAUGUGAAAUUUAUUUUUUUUAAAGAGAAUCAUAACCAAAAAUUUACAAUAACAAAUAAUAUCAUUACUACAAAGUAAAUUACCAGGCAGUUGCAAUACCACAUAGUUGCAUUAACCAACAGUCUUAUUACCAAACAGCUACAUUUACUUUUUUUUUUAAAAAAAAGCUACAUUUACGUAACAGGUACAUUAACAAAAACUAUUAUUACAAAUUUAGUAACAUUACCCAGAUGUCCAGUUCUAGCUUUCUCCUCUUAUAUUUAUAUAUAUAUACAUUACGUUUCUGGAGGACUGCUUCCAUUUCCGGCAGCUGCCUAACAAGCUGGCUGCUUCCUAUUCAGCAAAUUUUGUUCUGAGAUUAUUUUCGUAGCUUUUUUUUUAUAUGCUUUGUAUUUUGUAACGAGUAUUUGGGUAUGGGAAAUGGUAUUGUGUCCCGAUAGCGCGCAAAAUAUAAUUCCUGAUGACUACCGGUACGCUAAAAGAUAUAUUUAUAUUUUUUUAAACACCACAGCUGCGACUGGUGCGUAAUAUUUUCAUUUCUUUUCGGAAAGUGAAAUCGUCUCAAUUUUAAAUACGGUGUAAUUAAUAUUUGGUUUAAAAAGUGGUCGGGACAUCCAGAAUAUUAAUUUAGUUCAUGGGCGUGGACAAAAAAAAAAGGGUGAAGUGUCGUAUCAUGAAAGGAAGGGGUGUAGCCAAAAUUGGGAUUCUCAAAUGUGCGUCAAUUGAGUUUAUGUUUUUUUCAAGUAACAUUAGUAGAUGGGAAGUUCACCCAUUGCCGUCCCUAACGUUUGGCGGGCUGUAACUAAUAAUAAAUGAUUUCUUCCUAAAAAUUCAGUUAAAUCUAACUCGUAGUUUACGACACAACUUUUAAAAGGACACACUUUCAUAUCGCAUUUUAUUUUAACACUGUUGGAUGAUUUUCUUAGUGCCUAAUACCACAUCCUUUGAGAACCGCUGGUAGAUAUUAGUUUAACGGGCGUACUGUAGAACUGUUAAAAAAAACAAAAACUAAUACGAUUUUUUUUGUAAAAGGGAACUCAAUACACGCAUAAAAUAAAUUUGCAUUUUUGAAGCACACAAAGAUAAAAGGAGAGACGAGGAGUCACAGUGUCUGAAAGACUCAGAGGUUUCAUUCCUGACAUUUUCUCGUAGACUUAACAGCAUAAUUGGUUUUUGGUUUGUUUGUCUUUUUUUGAAUGACAGUUCAAUAACAUUUUUUUUUUUAAAUAGACGAUAUUUUUUGUACCCACCAGCUGAUAACAUGAUGGACGUAAAACAAGUUUACUCUGAUAACAUUAUUUACCCUAGAUUUUUUAGGGGGUUGGUGGGAGCAUGCCAUUCCGCGAAGCGUUGAUCUUCGCACGCUAUCAUUUAUUGCUUAACUCCUUAUUUUUUCGAUUCUUUCAGUGCCAACCAAUACCGAUGGAAGAACAAGCCACCACCGUUUGGGUUGCGUCCAGUCAAAGGAUCUGUCCACAUAACAGCCAGCAGGUAGUUAGUUGAUCUGUCCAUGUGACAGCCAGAAGCUAGUUGAUCUGUCCACGUAACAGCCAGCGGGUAGUUAGUUGAUCUGUCCAUGUGACAGCCAGAAGAUAGUUGAUCUGUCCACAGGACGGCCGGCGGGUAGUUGAUCUAUCCAUAUGACAGGUAGUUGAUCUGCCCUUAUGACAGGUAGUUGAUCUGCCCUUAUGACAGGUAGUUGAUCUGCCCUUAUGACAGGUAGUUGAUCUGCCCUUAUGACAGGUAGUUGAUCUGCCCUUAUGACAGGUAGUUGAUCUGCCCUUAUGAAAGGUAAUUGAUCUGCCCUUAUGACAGGUAGUUGAUCUGCCCUUAUGACAGGUAGUUGAUCUGCCCUUAUGACAGGUAGUUGAUCUGCCCAUAUGACAGGUACUUGAUCUGCCCAUAUGACAGCCAGCAGGUAGUUGGUCUGUCCGUAUGACAGACAGCAGGUGAUUGUCCUGUCCAUCUGCCAGACAGCAGGUAGUUGAUCCGUCCAUGUGACAGGUAGUUGUUCUGUCCAUGUGACAGGCAGCCGGUAGUUCGGAUAGAAAAAAAAUUGUACUUCGUAAAUUUGUAAAUGGUGCAGUUAAUGACGCCUAUUGUCUGCAUUAAAUAAAUAAAUAAAUAAAUAAAUAAAUAAAUGAAUAUAUAUAUUUAUCUCUCUCUCUAUAUAUAUAUAGAGAGAGAGAUUUAUAUAUAUAUAUAUAAGUAUGUAUAUAUAUAUAUAUAUAUAUAUAUUAUUUUUUUUUUGCUUUCUAAGCACUAUUCAGUUUAAGGAUAUAACCAUCUGACUGUUCCCCAGCCCUAUCCACAAAAUAACCACAUAAAAAAAAAAAAAUAAAAAUAUAUAUAUAUUUAUAUCUCUCUCUAUAUAUAUAUAGAGAGAGAGAUUUAUAUAUAUAUAUAUAAGUAUGUAUAUAUAUAUAUAUAUAUAUAUAUUAUUUUUUUUUUGCUUCCUAAGCACUAUUCAGUUUAAGGAUAUAACCAGCUGACUGUUCCCCAGCCCUAUCCACAAAAUAACCACACAACCGCUAUUAAAUUGGCUCCUUUAAAUUGUCCUGUUUCCUUGGUUUCAAUUGGACUGCUGGUAACAAUGUACAUCAUGUUUGCCUUGCGGUUUGAUGACAAUUUAGAGAGUCGCGAACGUACUCACUUCACAUAGGUAUACUGACAUGGCAGUGACGAGGCUUGUAUUUUCAAGGGGUUUAUAUCUUUACCGUGAAGAUAUAGUUUAGUUUAUUUCUAGAUCAAGGCUCGUUUUGUGAGGGUCGGGAGAGGUAGCCUCGCGUUGGUGUUGCCAGGGGUUGGGGACAACAUAAAGGGCAAGAAUUUAUUCUUAAACAGUAAAGAUGACAAGACAUUGGCGUAUAAAACGGUAUUGAUGAAUGUGGGGUAGUAUUGGUGAAUGUGGGAUAUUAUUGAUGAAUGUGGGGUAUUAUUGGUGAAUGUGGGGUAUUCUUGGUGAGUGUUUGGGUAUUCUUGGUGAAUGUGGCAUAUUCUUGGUGUGUGUGUGUGUGUGUGUGUGUGUGUGUGAGAGAGAGAGAGAGAGAGAGAGAGAGAGAGAGAGAGAGAGAGAGAGAGAGAGAGAGAAUAAAGAGUUGAAGAAGCGAUUAGAAAUCAGUAAGUAGAGGUCAGUGGAAGAAAGUGUAGGUGUAAGGGAAGAGGGAGCGGUCAGUGGAAGAAAGUGUAGGUGUAAGGGAAGAGGGAGCGGUCAGAGUGAAAUGUAUUUCAGAAGGCGUGUGGUGGUGUUCUGCACUGCUUUGUGGAGUGGACUUACAGAUUAAGAGGUGAAAAACAUGCCCCACCCUUUGAGCGCUGACAACCUAGGCAACGCCUUUGCUCAUGAAUGAUUUCGAAUUAAAAAAAACAACGAGAACUGUGUGCUCAACUUCACAACCUUAACAUCAGUGGCGUCCCUCGCUGGGUAGAUACAAGAGCGACCACCCAGAAACAGUUUUGCGAUGUGUACAUAUCUCUUUGUAAACAUAUUUAAGUGUGUUCGUUAGAGAAGCAACACUGUUUGGAGUUUUGCCCCGGGGUAGCAUUCAGUCAUGCGCACCACUGCUAGGGAAAAACUCUGCAGUUACUAAACUAAUACAUUUUUUUUUUCUGGAGGUUUCAAGGUCUAUCUGAGAGUUGUGAAAAGUGACAUUCUAUAACAGAAAUACAUUAAAUCGUAGUCUCCGUUACAUUCUAUGAAAGAGUGUGUGAUAAGGUCUAUCUGAGAGUUGUGAAAAGUGACAUUCUAUAACAGAAAUACAUUAAAUCGUAGUCUCCGUUACAUUCUAUGAAAGAGUGUGUGAUAAGGUCUAUCUGAGAGUUGUGAAAAGUGACAUUCUAUAACAGAAAUACAUUAAAUCGUAGUCUCCGUUACAUUCUAUGAAAGAGUGUGUGAUAAGAUGAAAUGUAGGGGGCCGUGGAAGAUUUUCCGAAAAGCUAAUAUUUGUACUGUAUUGCCGUGAAGUUGAGACGGUGACACUUGGCGUGUCUCGACGGCCGUGUGGAACUUGGGCUCAUGUACUUUUGUUCCGCUUGAAGUAACCUUAUGGAAAAAGUGUUUUGAUAACCAGAUGCAAGGUACAAAUAAAAGUCUCACCCAAAUGUACGACUUCUUUUUAUAAUAAUGAAAUUGUUUCAUUUGGAGAAAGAACAAAAAAGCUUGCAUGGAUUUUUAUUUGUGGAAAUUCCCCCCCCCCUUUUCCCUUUUUUUCCCUGUUGGUACUCUGGCCCCUAUGUACCCCGCCCCUCAUAUAUACCCUUUCCCCCAAAUCUGUAACCUGCCGCAAUAUGUACCUUACCCCUCAUAUAUACCCUGCCCCCCAAUUUGUACCCGGCCCUCAGAUGUAACCUGCCCCCCUCUGUACCCUGCCCCAGUUUGUACAAUGCCCCAUCUGUACCAUGCUCCCAUAUGUUCUUCUUCUAUAUUUUGAGGGCCCACGAUCAAUGGAUUGAUCAUUCUGGCUCGUAUAUGUUGCCCUAUCUGUACCCUGCCCCCAUCUGUACCCUGCCCCAAUAUGUAAAAAAAAAAUGCCAGAUCUGUACCCUACUCUCAUAUGUUCACUAACCCUAUAUGUGCCCUCGCUCCAUAUGUACUCUGCUUCAAUGUGUACCCUUUCGACAUAUGUACAUUAACAAAAAACGGCUAAUCCUUGGGAAGAGGGACAUCAACAGAAAGGGGGGGGGGUGAGAGAAAAGCAGCUAUAUUGCCCCCAAACUUACGGUACCAGUAUUUAAAUGACAACUGAAUAUCGACGUAAAUCAAAACAACCAAUUCCUUGGUUCCAAUGCAAAACGAACAGGAAGUAACAUUAUUUUGUACUACCCUUAUUAACAAUGUUGUUAACAAUCUUAAUAUAUAUAUCGUUCUUAGGCAUACGCUGACUACGCAUCCAAGUAGGGCCCCAGACGUGAGGGGGCCCCCGUGAGGUGCCGUCGAUCCCCCCCCCUUUUUUUUAAACUGUCAUUGCAGCCGUCGUGUCACUCACGUUACCUUCCUCAUCCUGAAAUUUAUCAUUCUGAGUUGAAUUCGGAGGCAGGGGAAGGGAAGCAGCAGGGGGGGGGGAGCUUUGGGGGUGGCAGACAGGAAAUCGGGGGUUUGGCCGUGGGAAUGGGAAAGUAUAAAUAGCGAUCGGACCCCCCCCCACCUUCCGGGGCCCUCAAACUCCUAAGAACGGCUCUGUAUUUACCUUUCAAUGUACCUAAUGGCGUAGUUCAUAGACACAAAAGAAGAAGAAACAAAAAAAUCCUUCCUUUUUUUUUUUUAAUAUUAGAAAACUAAGCAAUUUUUAACUGAAUUAUUAAUUUUCACAACGUAUUUUCCUAACAUCCUAACAUCCCAUGACGUUUUGACUCAAUUUUUUAAAAAUUUUCUUUAAUGAUGUAUCGACCCUCGGUAGGGGGGUGGGGGGGCGCUCCAGAUGACGCCCUCUUGUGUGAGACCUGCUGAGUUAGGACAAGUCUGCUUGGGGGUGGGGGGGUGAGGGUUUGGUGACGUGCCUACAAAGAAGUUCCGUAUUUGAUCAGAUGAGACGAUCGAUCAAAGUUUCUGUUCAGAUUUCCAUUCCAUUUUCACUGAACAGAUUUUUUAUCGACUACAUCCUUCACAAUGACACUGCUGAGGCUGUCCUGAACUGGACCAGAACCAUCCUGAUCCCGGAUGAAGCCUACUUCUCAACAUUAAACUACAACCCAGAGCUCGGCAUCCGCGGCACGUACAACGGUAGGUGGUCGCUCUACAUAACAGACGGGGAGCACUCCAAGGAGUUAGACGCACUUUACACUAUUAGUAAUAUAUAUAUGUGUGUGUGUGUGUGUGCGUGCGUACGUGUCUGUGUGUGUGUGAGUGUGUUCGAAAGUAGUUUUUUAAAAUGUAUUUUAUUUAUUUUUUUAACCCAAUUCCACAAAUCAAGUACAGCCAUGAUAAUUUUUUUUUGUUGCCAAUAUAUUUUAAACUCAUAUACGAUAGGAUAAGAUAAAGAUGAGAUGAAGCACACACCACGGCGUUGAGACAGACGAAAGCACACAGCAACUCUAGUGAUCAUAUAUGACAACGAAGAACAUUUUUUUUUGUUUACUCAUAUAAAAAGCUAUUUUCAGGUCACGCAGGUGAUGAUGAAAUGCAUUGUUCUUUAUUGACAAAACACCGCCCUUCUCUUCAUAUGGCAACAAUCUGUCACUUGACCGUAACUAACUGUUGAGAGUUCCCCCCACCACUAUGUCUUUCUAACCAUUCGUCCACUUCUCCUACUUCAACUCGAUUUUCUUAAGUAAUCUCCACUGACUCAACAUUCAACUGAACCAGUCUCCCCCAAAACCUCGGGCGCAUAUCCAUCUGGCCCUCGGGUUACUCAAAAUACCUACGACUCCAAGCAUUCCUGGUCAUUUGUGAUUAAAAAAAAUGGUUGCCAUUUGUGAUUGAAUGAAAACAUUUCCAGGAAAUCCCGAUGGAAUGUACGCCUUCUUAACAAGGUUUAAGAUAUGGUCCCCUUACAAGCCCUGGUGCCCCGGCCAUGCCGUGAGAUGGGUGUGUAUACAGAGCACACGUGAGUAUCUUACGCGUCGGUUCUUAGUUGUGUGUUUAAAGACAUAAAAUAAGCAAAUCAAUACAUAGGUUUUUUAAAACAAAAUUGAUGUAUGAUAUAUGAAUCUUGCACUUUUGUAAAAAAAAAACACUUUUUAAAUGUGUGAUGAGGGUGUUGCUAAAUAAAACAUGAUAAUCGUGACAGAUAAGCUACAUAUCAUACACACCCUACAUACAAUCCUCCAAACCAUAUAUAUCCAACAUAUUUCACUAAAUACCCUACACAUCCUAAAAUUUAAUUCAUGUUAUCCUACAUACAUUAUUUAUCCUACGUAAUAUCCUAACCAUUUCCCAACAUCCGCACAUAUCCUGCAUUUAAUCCGACAUACAAUACAUUUACUACUUAUUAUCCUAAGCAUACUACAUACCUCACGUAUCAUGAGCACUGUUUAACACGACCUGCUCCAGGAAUGCUACGCUACUGCGCGUACCUCUUUCGGUUUUCUCACAUCACGAUUUAUGUUUACUCCCAAAACCAUGGUGGUUAGGUCAAGGCCAUGCAGAAAAUUUCCUACAAAUCUCCUAUCAUCACCUCCAAGAAAUCAUUAGCAUCCUAUUACGUUGCGAUGAUGAUCAUUUAGCAUACUAUACGUUGCUAUGGUGAUUAUUUUAACACAUCUGAAGAUGAAUACAGAUUAUUUAACGGAAUUAUUUUAAUGUUUGAUUCGUCCGCAGCUGACCUCCCUCGUCUGGGCCAGGCGAAGCACCUGUUUGCCAACAAGUUUUACCUUGAGGAAGACCGCGUGGUCAUCGGAUGCCUUGAGGAGAAACUGUCUAACGAUACUAGGGACGAAUACAUGGGGAUUAAAGCAUUCAAUGACACUUACUAUAGAAAUUUGAUAUUUGUGAAAAAUCAAAUCCUAUAAAAAAAAAAUUUUUUAAUGAAUUUAGGUUUACAUAAAAUAUGCCUGAGUCUGAAUUUUAAAAAAAAAAAAGUUUUUUUUAAUGUGUUGGUGCUGAAAAUUAUUGCACUUUUAAAAAAAUUAAAUUGUAUUAAUGUACAUAACAAUUUCUACAAUAAAACAUUGAUUGAAAUUUUUU